AUGUCAUCAUCAGAAAUAAAAUUAGAGAAGAAAAGUAAUAAGAGUGAAGAUGUGUCAUCUUCCUCCAUACAAUCACUUCCAAGAGACUUACUACGUGACGUGAUUAUAAAUGUAGGCUCUCAGUCUUUCGUUGAUCUUCACAAAAUAAAAGUAUGUUGCAAAGACUUUCUCGAAGUUGCACAAGAAAGUGAAAAUAUUGAGAGCUUGUAUAGAGAGGGAUUACUUAAGUACUUUAAUUAUUCGAAUGGAAAUAUUGACGGUCUUGAGAGCUUAAAGAUUGCAGCUCAAAAAGGUCAUAAGGAAGCGAUAUAUGUAUAUGGAAUGAUUUUAUUGUGUUCUGAAGAUCACGACUCAAGAAAAAUGGGAAUUGAACAUAUGCGUUUUUUGAGAAAGUCGAAGUGUAUUAUGAGUUCAAGAAGGAAUGUACAAAACUUCAUAGACUCUUUGUGGAAAAAUGAUGGCAUGCUGGUGCGCAAUCAAACUCCCAUAUGCAACUCUCAGGGUAUGUGUCAUGGUUGGAGAGUCAAAGAUGGUCGAUGGUCUUUAUUGGAUGAUGAAGACGAUGAUACAAAAUUGUGUGAAAAUUGUAGAUGGGAUUAUGAAUUAGAUUUCUUUUAUAAAUUAUUGAAUGUUCAUUAG